AGUCGGUGCAGACGGAUCAUCUGUGGCGCUGCUGUCCGGGACACGGAGGGAGGAACUGUGAGGACACAGUUCCUGACGCUCGGCGGGAUUCUGGCAGCUCGUCUCUGAUUGGAGGAUCUGAAGCAGGAAGAUCUGCAGAUGUGCACACGGCGUUCCAGCAGCAGCACGGCGACCCGAACCGAGAGCAGAACGACCACCAGCCGCCCUCCGGCGAGCUGCCGGACGUCGGCUACCUGGACCUCGACCAGAACAACACCACUACACAGCCCCCCACCCAGGAGCCAAGCCCAGUCCACAACCCCCAUCACACACCAUCCACCCACAAGCCCGAUCGCCCAUCGCACCGCGCUGCCGAGCCCUAUAACCACGAACACAGCAUCCAUCAUCCACCGCACCUCGCCGCGGACUUCUACGACCACGACCACAGCUACCAUCACCAACCGGACCGCACCGCUGACUCCCACACCCACAAUCCCCAGCACCCACCACAUCGCAGCACUGACUCCCAAGCCCACAAUCCCCAGCACCCAUCACACCGCACCGCUGACUCCCACACCCACAAUCCCCAGCACCCACCGAUCCAAACCGCUGACUCCCAAGCCCACAAUCCCCAGCACCCAUCACACCGCACCGCUGACUCCGACACCCACAAUCCCCAGCACCCACCGGUCCGCACCGCUGACUCCCACACCUACAAUCCCCAGCACCCACCACAUCGCAGCGCUGACUCCGAUGACCACGACCGCACCAACCGGCAGCAGGAACCUCCGCUUCCAGUCGUAGAUGUGGACGCUGGCCCCCUCCCCUUCCCUGAAGCCCCCCUCCUCUUCCCUGAAGCCCCCCUCCCCGUGCUCCC